UGCAGGCUGGUUCCCAGAAACCUGACUGGUGGAUUUAGUUUUAACCGACUAGAUACUGCCAGGUGAUUCUUGCUAAAGUCUUGUUUGUGCCUGCCGUUACUCUACUCAGCACGUAGAGGUGUCCAGCUAGCUACGGCAAGAACUGGAACUAAAAACUUAGCAACUAGAUUUUCAAAGUUUUGGCCCCAAUCUACCUGAUGAAUUGACAGUGCUUACUUCCAAGUUCUGGCUGAGGAGCGAGGACUGAAGGCUCUUGGGAAAAUCCGUGCAAGACAAAAGUUACAAGGAAGAUUUCGUUCUGUCAGAAGGACUAAUAUCAUACUGCAACAUUUGAGAAUGACCAAGCACACGGAUACAGCAGGGGAAAUAUCACUGGAAAGAAAAGGCUGUGUAGGCGUGAUCACACUAAACAGACCCAAGUUCCUGAAUGCCCUGAAUCUCAGUAUGAUUCGACAGAUUUACCCACAGCUAAAGAAAUGGGAACAAGACCCAGAAACUUUCCUGAUCAUUAUGAAGGGAACUGGAGAGAAGGCUUUCUGUGCUGGGGGUGAUAUCAGAGAAGUCUCAGAAGCAGGUAAAGCAAACCAGACGCUCGCUCAAGAUUUCUUCAGAGAAGAAUAUACGCUGAACAAUGCCAUCGCUUCUUGCCAGAAACCGUAUGUUGCACUGAUUCAUGGAAUCACAAUGGGCGGGGGAGUUGGCCUCUCAGUUCAUGGACAGUUCCGCGUGGCUACUGAAAAGUCUCUUUUUGCAAUGCCAGAAACAGCAAUAGGAUUGUUUCCGGAUGUAGGUGGGGGUUACUUCUUACCGCGACUUCAAGGAAAACUCGGUUAUUUCCUCGCACUGACAGGGUUUAGGCUGAAGGGGAGAGACGUGUUCAGAGCAGGAAUCGCCACACACUUUGUGGACUUUGAGAAGUUGGGCCAGUUGGAGGAAGACUUGCUGUCCCUGAACUCGCCUUCAAAAGAAACCAUCGCAGGUGUCUUAGAAAGCUACCACACAAAAUCUAAGGUUGAUCAAGACAAGUCUUUUAUACUUGAGGAGCACAUGGACAAAAUAAAUAGAUGCUUUUCAGCCAAUACUGUGGAGCAGAUCAUUGAAAAUCUGAAGCAAGAUGGUUCAUCUUUUUCCCAAGAGCAGUUGAAGGUAAUCAAUAAAAUGUCCCCAACAUCCUUAAAGAUUACACUAAGACAACUCACGGAGGGGUCUUCAAAGACACUGCAAGAAGUCUUAACUAUGGAAUACCGGCUGAGUCAAGCUUGUAUGGGAGGCCAUGACUUCCACGAAGGCGUGAGAGCAGUUUUAAUAGAUAAAGAUCACGCUCCAAAGUGGAAACCAGCAGAUCUAAAAGAAGUUACCGAUGAAGAUCUGAAUAAUCAUUUUAAAUCUCUGGGAAGCAAUGAUUUGAAAUUUUGAAGUGUCUGGAUUUUAAGGUAUUAUUUUGAAGCAGAAGCUGGCAUUCGAUAGUACAUCUAUAUUGCUGGGGGCUUUUUUUUUUUUUUUUUAGUAUAUAUAUCCUGCAAGCUAAAAAUGUUUUCUACAUUUUUAGAUGGUUGGGAAGAAAAUUCUAAAAGACCUGAUAUGAUGUGAAGAUUACAUGAAAUUCAAUCAUAGUGUCUAUAAGUAAAACUUGAUUGCACACGAGCUGUAACUCUCUUCCGGGUACACACGUGUCUGUCUGUCUGUGGUUGCUUUGACUGGAGUAGUUACAGUACAGAACGUCCAUGAUGCUGAGUCUGCAGUAGCCACUCUGGCCCUUUUUAGAUAAAGUUUGCCAAUCAUUGUUUUUAGAAGCUGGGUAAAAUUUGAAGGCUUUUAGAGAUUCUCAAGUUAGUGUUUCUAAUUUUAAUGGAGACUUUGUUUUAGCAAAGGUGGUUGUGUCUAUAUGUUGGUUAAACAAAUGUGUAGCUUAAAAAAAUAAUAAAAACCUUAAAUUUG